AUGUCAGCGCCAAAAGGAACGUUCUCAGCCCUCAAAGCUGGCGAAACUGUCGUCAAGCUUCCUCAUCCCUACCAGACCGAGUUUGCGAUCGAAAAAGUCUCGGCACAGCCUGACACGAAUGCGCCAGCCUAUAAACUUGUCCAGAAAGCUCCUGGAUCUGACAAGCGUUUGCCAUUUGAUCUUUACAACGAUGGCCUCGUCUUCUCAGACCCAAUUGAUCUGAAGUCGAGUGAGCUUCCACCUCAAUCCAACAACAGUCCUUGGGCUCGGGCACGCCGUUCACCAUGUGUUACCAUUCAUUGGGCUGGCACCGAGGCGCCAGGCUUGGGUCAAGUCUGGCUACUUGCAUAUGCACUUUUCACUUUGAGAACAACAGUGGAAUCAUAUCGGCUGGAAUUACAUGGAGCUGGGGCCGCUAUUCUGGGCCAACAACUCACAGCAGUGUUGCUUGCCAUUGACCACCCUCUCAAGGGCCGAGAGAAGCGCCAAACUUCCAACAAGACUGACGAGAGCCUCGUCCUUGUCUUGCGAAGUACCUUUUGGCAAGGCGCUGGAUCGCCAUUUGGACCUCGACCUGUUUGGUGUCCAGAAGAAUCGCCUUCUUCUCUGCCCGCCUCGACCCCUCUUGGAUCAUUCCCUUUGACUCCUUUACACAACACAACGACAAUCACAGUCGCUGGAGAUCCUGACGAUCCCGAGAGAGUUCAGCAGUCAUGGCACCCAGUCAGACCAGCCAAGCCCGCGCCUGGGGCUAUUGUUUACAGCCGAUGGAUUCCUCAUCUCAAUGAGACCUUCUCCAUGGUGUCAGUCGAUCAUAAUGAUACCGAGCACGUACAACUCUUUCAUGAAUGGCAGAACGAUCCUCGUGUUUCCCAAGGAUGGAGCCAGACUGGAACGUUGGAGCAACACCAGGAGUAUUUGCGUCAGGUGCAUGAUGAUCCGCAUGUAAUUGCGCUUCUAGCCAAGUGGGAUGAUAUCCACUUUGCGUAUUUCGAGGUCUAUUGGGCCAAGGAGGAUCGGCUGGGUGGCUACUUCAACGCUGGUGACUUCGAUCGCGGUCGACAUUCCCUUGUAGGUGACGUGCGAUUCCGCGGGCCACAUCGUGUGUCGGCGUGGUGGAGCAGCUUGAUGCACUACCUCUAUCUCGACGACCCGCGUACUAUGUAUGUUGUUGGUGAGUCUCAGGAGACCAACACAACUAUUGUUAUGUAUGACUUCGUGCAUGGCUCAGGCCUAGACAAACUUGUCGAUCUGCCGCAUCAGCGCAGCGCUUUCGUCCGAUCGUCGCGAGAGCGCUUCUUCCAGCUGUGUCCACUGGCAGACAACGAGAAGGUUGUUGCUGGCACAAAGCUUGGUCUUGUGCCUAAGCUAUGA